AGCGUUUGGUUUGAAUAUACAGAGCGCCGGAAAGCAUAAUAAUAAACGAGCGAAAAUUUAAAGGAAUAAUCCUAUCUCGGCGAAGAAUCACAAAACGGUUGCAAAACUGUUGAGUCUGUUGAACGCAGCCUAUAUCUUCAGAAAAGACCUUUGCCUGAAGAAGAUAGCCUUAGCCGUGGUUGCUUCUGAUUGCAUAACGAAAAAACGCCACUGUAAAGCUAAUUUUUAAGUUUAUUUAUUAUAUAUCGUGGCAUCGUGCUAUAUUACAAAUCGUGCUGUGGUAUAUUGUGUAUAUUACAAUUAAAAAUAAAAAUUGUAUUAACUAUGCCAAUUAUAAGGUUAUAUGAAGGAGAUACUGGAACGAUUUAUAACCUAGAAGUUUCCGAAAAGGAUGCUAUUAAAGCUGAUAGAGAUAUGGUAUUUGCAACGCAACUUUUACAACGUUUUAAAAGUGCCCAAGAGACACAAUUUACCAAGAGUGCUGAAAAAACAGCAACGAUUGUCAAAGAUGCUGAAAAUAGUCGAAGUCAUUCAAUUACUGAAUCAGCAUGUUAUGAUAUGAAUCAAACAACGCAAGAGUUUUCUGAAUCUUCUCAAGAAGCUUUUGAUUUUCAAGAAAAAAAUAGUUUUCGUUGGCCACAUGAGGCAGUUCUUUUAUUACUUACGUUGUAUAAAGAACACGAAGAUUAAUUCAAAUUUGGAAAAAUGACUAUGAAAAAAUUUUGGAACAUGAUUGCCUCUCAUUUAAAUGAGAAAGGAUAUAAUGUUACAAGCUCUCAAUGCAAAAGUAAGAUGACAGGUCUAAAAAAUACCUAUAAAAGUGUUAAAGACUAUAACGCAAAAAAUGGUAACAGUCAUAGGAUUUGGCAAUAUUUUGAUGUAAAUAUAGAAGGAAAAAACAUAUGUUGAACAUAUUAAUUAUAUUUAAGAUGUAUAUCAAUUUUCGCUGUAUUCAAGGUAAUGAACGAAAUGUUUAAUAAAAAGCCAUGGAUGACUCCCAUCCUUAUAUUAGAUAGUAGCAAUCCUACUUCCUCAUUAUCUUCUAAAUGCAGUGCUGAGAAUAAAAUCGUUGAUAAUAAAAAAGAUCCAUCUUCAUAUAAAACUAAAAUAUGUUCUAUACGUAAGUACUAUUAUCAACACUUUAUUAUGUUUUAUUAAAAUACAUUAUACUUACGAAAUUAUGUGCUACCGUUAUACUCCCAUUUGCCUAAUGCAGGCUUGGCACUAGAUGCACAUUUCGGGCUGAUUCCGGCGAGCGACCCCCACUACCACUCGAGCCUCAGCGGCCGAGCUGCCGACCGCUCACGUGACGCUCUGGCUCAGGAGCGUCCCUAUAUCUUAAACGUGCUAGGGUCGU